AUUGAGGCAAAAUGGCAACUCUGUUGCGAGUGAGUUCCCUGUGCAGGGCAAAUAGAGCAUCUGCGUUUAAGUCUCUCCUCAUUAGACCGUUACCAUGCUUGUCUCAAGACCUUCAUAUGGUUCAGACGUCUCAGAUACACACUUCCCCAAAUCACCAUGCGGGAUCAAAAGCUGCAUCUAUGCACUGGACCGGUGAGAGAGCAUUGAGUGUUGCGUUGUUGGGACUUUUACCAGCAGCUUACCUGUAUCCUGGGGCUGCCAUGGACUAUUCACUGGCUGCAGCAUUGACUCUCCAUGGACACUGGGGACUUGGACAGGUGGUAACAGAUUAUGUUCACGGGGAGACAAAGAUUAAGAUGGCCAACACCAGCCUUUUUGCCUUGUCUGCAUUGACAUUUGCAGGCCUUUGUUACUUCAACUACCAUGAUGUGGGCAUUUGCAAAGCAGUAGCCAUGCUCUGGAGUCUGUAAAUGGUCAUGAGCCGAUUGUAUCCCUCCACUGGCAUUUUAAAUAUAACUCCAAGGGUAGGCAGGGACAAAAAUCAAUCAUGUCAAGCCCGUUAAAUGAAGGUUAAAAUCACUUGCCAGCUGGAGUUCAGUGCAUUUUUGUUAUUUUAGGGGAAACACAGUUUAUUCUUUUGUCUGGACGUCAAGUCAUUUAUGUUUGACUGUCCCAGGAAUAAAGCUCUGCGAGCAAGUAAACUGUUUAUCCUGGCACCACAGCACUUAAAGCAAAUUUCUAUUCAAAGAAUUUCAGUGCACUAAUGGGUACAUUCCAUUUGAGGCCUGAUCUUGCAAUCACCAUGUGAAACACUUCAGUGUCAUUCAGACUUCUAAUCGAUGCUGCUUACAUUGUGUUAUGUACAUUUAAUGGCUUGUAGGAAGAUGUUAUCCUACUGCAAACCUGUCUUUCAAAAAAACCAAAACCGAAGGUUUGUUAUAGUCAAGUGCUUUACCAGGCUGAUCUUCAUAACACUUGCUGGCUACCUACAGUUGCUUCUGAAUUUGUCCUUUAAUUUUGACAUAUUUGCUAAAUCAGUUAAUCAGUUUCUAAUGAUGUAAUUGAAUAAAGAACAAUAAGUUAUGAUGUU